AGGCAUAAAGCGACAUCUAUAAUAGCGGCGGUUGAAAGUUAACCUCAACAGCAUUUUCUUGUUGUUUUUCCUAUUAAUGAAGAUAUUACUACAAUGGAUGAUGUACCAUUACAAAAUAAAACAGAGGAUUUGUGGAAUCCAUACAAGGAGCUUAAAAGUAAUGUUUGGAAAUAUUUAAAUCAAAGCUCAGAAGAAUUGAAUACAGCCGAAUUUGAAAAUGUUUUACGGCGAAAUAAACAAAGCUUUUUCUCACUUCUACAAAAUCCGCCUAAAGACAUCAGCGCAAGAGAAGAACUUAAGAAAGGUAUGGUAGAUGGGAUAAACGUUAGAGGUAUUGGACAUCAAAUAAUAUCAAAUGAACUCUACCAGGAAACUAUAAUAUUGUCAGACAUGUUCUCGAUAAACGAACUAGUUGCAUUAGAUCUACUAUGUACAGCUCAGAUGCAAAUGCCUUAUUAUCCAGGGCUUCCCCGAGGAUUAGUUGCUGUUCUUUUAUAUUAUGAUGGUAGAAAAGCUCUAGUUACAACAUUGCUAUACCUUGUACAGGCUCGUAAUGGUGUACAGUGGAGUGUUUCAUGUAAACCUGAUAUUGCUGCUUAUAUAACUAGCUACACAGAUCAGUUAAUGGAAGGAGGCUUAUUCAAUAGAAUUUUUGAAUUACUAAGAACUCUUGAUUUGAGCAAAGAAAUAGAUCAUUUACAAGCCAAUCUAGCUUUAGGGGGGCCAAAACAUAGACGUCAAGUUAUAGAUAUGUUCAAUGAUAUUAGACAUAUCUUAUCUGACAUAGUAUUUACAUGGGCAGCUCAAUGUGGUUUACCAAAAAAUGCCACUGUGGCUCUUAUAAAUUAUUUAAGGGAAACCAAAUUGGAAGAAGAAUCUUCAGGAAAAAUUGAUGAUGUUAAUUUAUAUUUACAAAUGGCUUUUCUAUCAGCUUUAGAUGUUAGUAUUUUGCAUACAAGAGAAGAUGGUGAAAAAGCUGUUCAAUCUUUACCAAUAUUCGAAGAUACUACUUAUAUUCCUACCAUAGUUAACGAAUUUUCAAUGAAUAAAUCAAAAUGGAUGUGUGAAGGUUUACAGGCAUUAUCAACAUUUGGAUUGGCUGUUUGUAUAAGUUCAUUACGUGAUAUACCUCAAAGUUUUCGUUUCCAAGAUGCAAUUAACAGAGAGGAAUCAUUUGCAGAUACGGCAAUAGAAAUGAAUGUUUUUACAUUUCUUCACAAUAUUUUUCUUGAGAACAACACUAUUUACAAAGAACCUUUCCUUUACAAAAGGAUCCAUAACUUAAUGACUGAUUUUAUAUUUUCUAUGUAUCCUAAAAUUAAAGAUUUGAGAAUGAAAGCAGAUGAAAUUGCUAGAACUAUGCAAGUUUAUAUAAGAGAAGGACUAGAAGUUCCAGCAAACUUGCCCAGAUAUUUUGAAUAUUUGCUGUUAUCUGUAGGAAAAAUAUAUAAAAAUGAUGUCUUAAAUACUGACUAUGUAUCAGACUAUUGGAGUCCCAUUGAAAUCAAUCCUAAUCAAAUCAGUGUUUCAAGAGCAGCACCACGUUCAGUUGCUCUUUUUAAGUUUAUAAGAUUAGCUGGUGAUGUCUUACCCACCACAUUAUUUGUUCCUUAUUUAACCAUGUUGAGUGGUUUAUCUUCUUCCCAGCAAACUGCUAGGCAUUGUUUCAACUUGUUGAAACAAGCUGGGUUACAUAUUUCAGGAAAUUUGUCUUGGGAUCAUUUCUUUGUGUCAUUUUCCCAAUAUUAUAAUAAUUUAAGACAAGAAGCGCCCCCACAAACGGAUACUAUUUACAUGACAAGGGCUCCUUAUCACAAGGGUGUGUCUCCUCAAGAACUUGAAGGAUUACAUGCAGUUCUCUUACUUAUCCGUACUGUGGCUGAACAUGACGAAUUUUCCCGUUUGGCACUUUGUGAACACCCUGGCUGGUCGCCACUUUCAACCUUAUUGGGAUUGGUGAGUUGUUCUAUACCAAUUCCCCUUAAAGCAGAUCUAUUAUUAACAUUAGCGGCACUUUCAAAAAGUUCAGAAAAUGCCUCUCAGAUGUGGGAAAAUUUGGAAGCCUCGCAGAUUUUGGUUACUAUUCCUACUACAUCAAGUUAUGCUCCUAGAGGCAUACAAACAGAACUAGAAGAAAUUGAAUCCCGUUUGGAGGAAUAUCCUUUGACACGAGCUAUGCUUAAACUUCUUGAUGAAUUAACUAAUUUUGGUAUACCAAGAAUGCUAGGUGCAGGCCCAAGAAAACCAGGCUUCGAUCCAUAUCUUUCCUUUAUUAUUAAUUCGGUAUUUCUUAAACACCACACCAGAUCAUAUCGCAACCCUUCAGAAAAGUGGGACGUUGCAUACCUUUGCUUAAAACUCAUUGAAAAGUUUUUAAAUCAGUAUGAUCCUAAAACUAACGACUUUCUCGUUAGUAAUUUACAGAGUGAACCAUCUGCUCCAGGCUAUCAUCUGAUGCUUCAGUUGAAUAGCAAAUCUGAAUUAUUUUAUGUUUUAAUGAAUUUGAUAGAUGAGGGAAAUAGCUUCUUUGAAACGUUUGUACAAUUCCAUUCACAAGAACCUGUGAAAAAUAGCAUUUUAUCUUCUCUUAAUAUUAUAUAUAGGGUUUUGAUAUUACAAAAUAAGUUUUUUCGCCUACUCACCUCAUCUUCAACUCCUAUAGUUCUAACAAGCAUGAAUAAACUCUUAAUGUCUAUAAAUAGACGUACAGGCAAGCCAGAUCACUGCGUUAACAUAGCGAAAUUCGUAACCUACCAAGUACAUAUGCCAGAUCAUUCGUAUGUUGCUGUAAGGAUAAUUACACAUAUUACAAGUUCCUGUGUUAUCCAUAAUCACUUCAUGAACAUACUUUUAUCCAUGGAAGAAUCAACGGAACUGAUUAAGAAUGGCUUUGUGGAAUGUUUGGAUAAUAACUCUGAUGAAAAUACAGAAACUAUAGAAAAAACUAAGAAAGAAAUAGUCAAACUAUUGAAGCAAGCUCUACCUUAUAAUGCUCCUAAUAUGUCGCAUUUGUUAUUAGGAUUUGAUAUUAAAAAGGAAAUUUCUAAGACUGAAUUUCAGUUUCCAGGUGUUUUGGGAUUUCCCAGAUCAUCAUUCCAUUCAAUUAUAUCCAUUAUGGAUGCUGCUGUUCAUAAUAGUUUUGAAAAACCUUCUCCUACUUUAUUGGAGUCAGUUUAUCAUUUACUGUAUCUACUCGCAUCCGACUCUAAAACGUCGAGUCCUGUUUUGAGAUUCAUAAGACAAAAUAAAAUGUUUUAUCAGGAACAACUUAUUGAAAGUUGUAGUACUAUUGGAGAAGAUUUAGCUGAGUAUGGACAAGUGACUUGGUUACUUAAAACAUUAGCUAUUGAAUUGAAAGUGUUGAGCCAAUUAAAACAAGUUACUCAUUUGAGACAAUUAACUCAUUUUCUUAUAAAUCUUCCAAGCGAAGAAAAAAAUAAAGGAAUGUUUGCCAUGAUUGAGCAAACAACAAUAGAUACUAAAAUGAUGUUGCCUGAAGCAUUAAAAAUGGACAAUUUUUUGACCAGCUUGAUACCACUAUUCGAAAUAAAUUUAUCAGCUCUUGAAACACCUAACUGGGAGUAUUUUGAUAGCAAUGUAUUAUCACAAAUUUUGCAGAAUUGCCAACAAAAACAUCCCCCAAAAAUGAUCGAUUUGAAGAAAUUGCAUCAAGUUUUGUAUGAUGAAUUGAAAACUUUACAAGGAACAGCUGUAAUGGGGCAAAUACAAGCUAUCACGCAGGAGAUACAAAAAGUGCUUAAAUAUGCUCUUGAAACAAAUAAAAGAAACGAAACUUUUACAGUUAUCACUCGGUUUACUGAUGCUUGGAGGCAAGUAGCCGAAGUUCUUGUUUUGUUUACCCCUAUCGAGAUCCUCUCCUCCACAGAACAACAAGUCGUUAGCAUUUCUCUAUUAAAACAUUUAUUAAAAGAUAUUUCUAAAGCUCAACUAUUACCUGAAGUAUCCAGACUUUUGUCAGGGGCAGUACUUUUACUGACACAUAAUCUAAGAAAAUGUCAUUUGCGAGAAAAGAAAUUAGAAGAGAUCUCAAGCGUAAAUACUGAUGUGCUGGUGGAUGUUCUAAAAUUAUAUUACACCUCAUUAAAGGAAAUAUUGGAAAAUCUAAUACAGUGGAUAAUAGUAUCGGAUGUAAUUAAUGGCGAAUUGAGAGUUAAUUUGUAUGCGUCACUAGUAUCAUUUUUACAACUCACUGAUAAAGAUGCUCCACAUGAAGAUGUUAUGUUCAAUAAUAGUCUAUUUGUAACUCGAUUGGAUAGCUCUAAGUUGAGUAUUACAGAAGAGAAAAUGCCCCUCGAAUUUUCAACAGAAGUAUUAUCCAGUUUCGGCGAUAAAUUAAUUGAAAUUAUUUGCCAGGACUGUAUCGGCGGACAGGAAAUUUGUAAAAUAUUAGCCAUGUCAGGUUUCACUCACUUGAUGUUAAUAUCUGGAAAUAUCAAUUGGAUGCUGCAUCUAUCUAGUAGAGGCUAUUUGAAACACAUUAUUCAAAGCAUUGAAGACAGCAACAAUGAACUAAGAAAUAUUUUGGAGCCACAAGCAGAGUCUAUAAAACCACUUUAUUUGUACUCGGCGAAAAUGUUGUUGUUGGCUCGUGUAGCUGGUACGAAAAUGGGUAGUGAGCUACUGUUAGAACAGAAACUACUUACAGUUUUCAGUAAUAUGUCAGUUUUUUCAUUCCAUCCGGAAAUUUCUAAAAUUUGGCAAGCUGAUGAUAUCUUAGAAGACUUCUUACCACCGCUAGAACAAAAAUAUCUUCAGCUAUGGCUGCCUACUUUACAUAUUUGUAACGCCAUUUUAACUACCCUUGGAACUGAAAAUCAAUCUGCCGUGGCUCAAAUUAUGUUCUUCUUAUUAAGCCACUUGGAUGUGGUCGAAUUGAUAUUGAGAUCAGGAUGUCCCGAUCUUUCACCGAUGUCUCUGAAAGAACUCUCUUUAUUAACAUCUAUUUUUGCCCGUACUGCUAAUAACAAUUUGAUAAAUAUCCUCGAAAAUCCCAACAUUGUUCAAAACAAUCGAGCCCAGUUGUACAGAAUACAGAAAUUAAUGUUGUCCUUAUUGCCAAAAUUUAUUUUGUCCGAAGAUAACGUUAAAAAGUUGACGAGUCAUUCUUCUCAUGAAACUGUCACUUUCCAAACGUCAGAUAGAUUAUUAUACGCGAUGCAGAUCAUCUCUAAUCUCCUCUGUUACUCCAGAAAUAUCGUAGCUAAUAAUGGUAUCGAACACACUGGGAUCGGAGUGCUCUUUUAUCCAACUUUGAGCGAUCCCUUGUUGAAUAACAUAAGAAAUGUACCGAAUAACAAUGAACAAGAACCUUCAUUGGGCAUAGUCGUUCAAGAACUAAUAAGCGUCGUUAACUUUCAUCAUCAAGAAAAAGUGACUCACGAUCUUUUAGUAAGAAAAUUGAGGGAAAUACCGGAUAUGAAUUCAGCGGAAUUGCGUCCUUACAUUAACGAAUCUAUUGAAUUGAGCGAUUUGUCCAGUAAGAGGGAAAAAGCGUACGAGGUCAUAUCAGAUAAAUUGGAAAAGAAGAAAAAAGAAAUCAACUAUUGCGCUUUUAUCAUUGAGAAUUCUUUGUAUAUUAUUUGGACACAUCUGGACUUUUAUAUGCUUAAGGCGAUUCCUAGAACAAGAAACUUUAUGCAAUUUCCGAUGAAUCCAUUGCUGAAACCAGAUACUACUCUUGCAUCUUCCUCGGAAGCUACGUGGAAAGUCUCCACAGACCUUAUUAGCAGUUUAAAACAAGGAUUGGUUUCCCUCUUUAAUGACAGUUUCACGAAAAGAUUAUUGGAAACCGCACAGGAUCGUAACGAUUCCGAUAGAGGAUUUGUCGAAACUUUAUUAAGAAAAAUCAAAAGGCUUGUACAGUUCGUUCCAGUUAAAUGAUUUUGUAAUUUUUUAGUAUAGUGUUAUUUUUUGUAAUAAAUUUUUUAUUCUG